AUGGCAGCAUCUAGUGCCUCGGAGGUCCUCUUUAUCUCUGUCAAUCACAGCAUCACUUUGAUGGGCAAGGUGUGGCUCAUUGUGAUGAUCUUCCUCCGUAUCCUGAUCCUCCUCUUUGCCGGCUAUCCUCUCUACCAGGACGAGCAGGAGAGGUUUGUGUGUAACACCAUCCAGCCGGGCUGUGCCAACGUCUGCUACGAUCUGUUUUCCCCCGUGUCUCUCUUCCGCUUCUGGCUGGUGCAGCUCGUCACCUUGUGCCUCCCCUACGUCAUCUUUGUCAUCUACGUUAUCCAUAAGGUGUCAAACACGCUGACAGUUGACCCGAACACCUCAGGACACACCAAAACCUUUCAGCUGUACAAGCUCCAUCAGGAGUCGCUCAACAAGCUGCCCGUGAACCAGACGCCGCUGGUGGCGGAGCAGCCGGGAUGGGCUCGGUGCUUCACCGGAGCCUACAUUCUCCAUCUGAUGUUCAGGACGCUGCUGGAGGCAGGCUUCGGGGCAGCUCACUACUAUCUGUUUGGUUUCUACAUCCCUAGAAGAUUCCUGUGCCAGAAUCCUCCCUGCACCACCCAGGUGGACUGCUACAUCUCCAGGCCCACCGAGAAGACUGUGAUGCUCAACUUCAUGCUCGGCGUGGCUGCUCUGUCCUUGUUCCUAAACGUGCUGGAUUUCAUCUGCGCCAUCAAGCGCUCAGUGAGGCAGAAGAAAAAGAGAAAGUUGAUGGUGGAGAAGAUCUUUGAGGAAGAGCACUGUUUUCUUUCUACUGGACGAGCCUCCAGGGCGAACGACCCAAACUCCUCCCUGGCUCAGCAGGAUCUAGAGGUUCAAUCUAGUCAAGCAGGGAGUUUCAGGAAGAGGCGAGCCAGCAAGGGCUCUUGUGCAGGAGGAACUCUGGACUCAGGUCAGGAGCCUCCGUCCCUGGAGCGCUGCUCUCCGCCUCGCCCUCUGGGAUCUCCAGCCGGCAACACCAACGGGAACAAUGGCUACUCCAUUUCCCAAGAGGAGCUUCCAGACAGGGACGGCAGCGAGGUGGCUCUCUGUCCUCAGGAACCCAUGGGGACACCCAGGUCCAUUCGUGUUAGCAAACGCAGCCGACUCAAACCUCCACCUCCACCCAGACGGGACCUUGGGUUGCCCUCUGGGGCGUCAGCAGCCCCGGUCGGGAACGCUUCCACAGCAACAGCGAUCUGCAGCAGGAGGAUGGGUCAGUAUGUGCUGGUGGAGUUGGGCAGCCGCACAGAGCUACAGAGCAAUGAUGACGGGCAGGAUAAACGAUCAGAGUGGGUGUGA